UGCCGCGUGUUAGUGGGUUCAUUUGCUUAAUUGCUUUCCUUUUCCUUUUUCCUUUUUCCUUUUCUUUUAAGCUUUCCAGUUGAAUUCCGAGAAAAGCAAUGGAACCCAAAACCAGACUGCAAAACCACAACAACAUGAAACGAUCGUUUUCCUCGAAUUCCGAACCCAAAACCAGACUGCAAGACCACAACAACAUGAAACGAUCGUUUUCCUCGAAUUCCGAAUCCCAGAGUCACCUCGACUCGCCUCUCCGAUUCCAUUCACCUCUCCGAUCCGACCAGGGUGAUCCGACUGAUACAUCUCCCUAUGCAUCCCCAAUCGCAUCACCGGAGAAGCCUCCGCCUGGUGACUCCAAGGCAAUCUUCACCGUCAACAAGUACACUCAGUUCUCCCCCCAUCCGUCCCCUUUUCAGCCGCCGGAUAAUACGGCUGCUGCGGCGAUGGAAAAGGCACAGCCUAAGUCGCAGCCGCCAACGGUGUUGAAUGGAGCGCUGAAGGAGGAUGGUCCAGGGACGGUGACGAGAGUGGGGCACGCGGUAGGGGAGGGGAGAUUUGGUACCAUGGGGUCUGUAGCGAGGACAUCGAGAAGAGAAGAAAUGAUGCUGAAGAUGGCGGAGCUAGGGUUUAGAAUUAGUGAGGUUGUUUUAUGCUUGAUUUCGUUCUCCGUUAUGGCUGCUGAUAAGACUCAGGGUUGGAGUGGAGAUUCCUUCGAUCGCUAUAAAGAAUACAGGUAUUCCUUGUCCAUGAAUGUUAUUGGGUUUGCAUAUUCGGGGUUUCAAGCUUUUGAUCUGGCCUAUAAUCUAGCCUCCGGGGAACAUGUGUUACGCCACCAUCUCCGUCGACAGUUCAAUUUCUUCAUGGAUCAGGUAUUGGCAUAUCUCCUGAUAUCCUCAUCUUCAUCUGCUGCCACACGGGUUGAUGACUGGCAAUCUAAUUGGGGGAAAGAUGAUUUCACAGAGAUGGCUAGUGCAUCAGUUGCAAUGGCCUUCCUAGCUUUUUUGGCCUUCGCCUUAAGCUCCCUCAUCUCUGGGUACAACCUAUUCACAGCAUAACUCCCCUUGAACAAGGAGAGUGUAAAUUAGUUGCGCGAAAUUAAAUCAAUAUAAUGCCAUUACACAACAUCAAUACUAAUAUAUAAAGUUCGUGGGAUUUGCGUGA